GUUGUCAUGCCCAGGUCCGCUCAGCUUCACUUUGCGCGAUCACCCAUUGGCUGAGCGCACUGCCAAUCACGACAUGACGACUACGUCAUAGCGGUACGACAGGUGAUUGGUUGGCUUCUCUGAAUAAUCUCACCGCCGAGUAGCUACGACUGUGUGCACCAUGUUUGAUGAGCUGCUCGGCUCCUCAGCUCUGUGAUUAGUUUCGUGUCAUUUGGACGAAGCGUGGAGGUCCGAGCUGCUGCUUUCUUCGCCCUCGGCUGGUGGCUGUGAGACGGACCGAACCCGGGACGUGGGUCUGACGAGGACUGAGACGUGGGGACGCGGCUGUCCGUUAGCUAGCUCCGAGCUGUCAGGUUGAAUAGCCAUCAGUGGUUUCAAGGUAAUUAGUCCCGCAGGAAAAGAGCCCGGACUCUCCCUAGCGGUGUUAUUGGGUCUUCUCUGGAUGUGUAGGCAUGAGAGCCACCGGAGGACACCGCGGAGCACCCUGAACACCAGGCUGUCGCCGGGAGUCAAGUUUACUGCCUGUUAGCUGCGCGUGAGAGUCCCUGCUGUUUAAUCCUGGCUAAUGGUGGCAGUUCCGUGACCCAGCAGGAGGAUCGUGAUGGGGGUUCUGUCAGGGCGCGCAGCUCUGAGAGACUGAAGUGAAUGGCGCUGGCCUGGGCCUGCCUCUGCCGUGAUACACCCCCUCUGCACCGGAUCUGCAGCGUUAAUCACGGCCUGGAAAUCACCGCUGUUUACCUAAUUGCUGCUUUGCCCGGGCACACAUCGGAAGAGGAGUCCGUCUGGGACGGUAGAUGCGGUUUCCAAGCCGACCGAAGCCCCCUAUGCGGGAAGGAUUUAAGGAAAACUUGGCUCCUCUCAGAGAUGAGUGCCGUGCUUCCCAUGUGACAGGAUCUAGAUCGCACUUCGCUACCAAGACGGGGAAGCCGCCUCUGCCAUGAGGGACGUCGAGGGCCACCGAGUUUAUCUGCUGAGGGGGUUCUGGGCUCGGUUCUGUUGACUGUUUUAAUCAUGGCGCUCAGAUUCUAGACUCUGGUCGUUGUGCAUGUCAGCGACAUGUGAGGAUCUCACUACUUGAUGGUGCACCAGAAGAACGGAAGUUGUUUAACACCAUCGGGUCGGAUCCUCGCUGGCAUUAUGAUAGAGAGACUCUUUCAGAUGUUUUUGUCCCCAUGAAGGAUCAACGUGGUUGGAUAAUUUAAGCACCAGAUCUCCUCUUUAUGAUUUUGUUUAGUUUAAUUAGUGCUGUAGCCAUCAUCAUCAUCAUCAUCAUCCGGUCAAACAGGCGUUGGUGAAUGGCUCUGUGCGGAACAACUGCUACCAAUGUUCCCAAAAUGAUGGCUGCUUACAACGGUGGCUCCUCAGCGGUGGCUGCCCAUCACCACCACCAGCUCCAGCACCUUCCACCUCCCCACAUGCACCACCACCACCACCAUGCGGGCCAGCACCAACUGCAGCACCCGGGCUCCGCUGCCGCCGUUCACACGGUGCAGCAGCACACGUCCACAGCUGCCGCCGCAGCAGUGAUGCUGAAUCCCGGCCAGCAGCAGCCUUACUUCCCCUCCCCUGCCCCUGGACAAGCUCCGGGACCCGCGUUGGCCACGGCUCCCGCACAGGUUCAGGCUGCAGCAGCUGGAGCUGUCAAAGCUCACCACCACCAUCAGCAGCAGAACGCUCACCAUGUGCAGCAGCUGGAUGUGGAGCCCGACAGGCCCAUUGGCUACGGCGCGUUUGGGGUGGUCUGGUCUGUGACAGAUCCCAGAGAUGGAAAGAGGGUGGCCCUUAAAAAGAUGCCAAAUGUCUUCCAAAAUCUGGUGUCAUGCAAGAGGGUCUUUCGGGAGCUGAAGAUGUUGUGUUUCUUCAAGCAUGAAAAUGUACUUUCCGCUCUGGACAUCCUACAACCUCCACACAUCGAUUACUUUGAGGAAAUCUAUGUCGUGACUGAACUUAUGCAAAGUGACCUCCAUAAGAUCAUCGUAUCACCGCAGCCUCUGAGCUCAGACCACGCCAAAGUUUUUCUGUAUCAGAUCCUACGAGGACUUAAAUACCUUCACUCUGCUGGGAUACUACACCGAGACAUCAAACCUGGCAACCUCCUGGUUAAUAGUAAUUGUGUACUCAAGAUCUGUGACUUUGGCCUUGCGCGGGUGGAGGAGACGGAUGAGUCCCGGCACAUGACUCAGGAAGUGGUGACGCAGUACUACAGAGCACCAGAGAUCCUCAUGGGGAGCCGCCACUAUUCCAACUCCAUUGAUAUCUGGUCUGUGGGUUGCAUCUUUGCAGAGCUGCUGGGACGUCGAAUCCUCUUCCAAGCUCAGAGUCCCAUUCAGCAGUUGGAUUUAAUCACUGACCUGUUGGGAACACCUUCUAUGGAAGCGAUGCGGACAGCAUGUGAAGGGGCUCGUGCACACAUCCUCAGAAGUGCUCACAAACAGCCAUCCCUUCCUGUUCUGUACACACUGUCCAGCCAAGCAACCCACGAAGCAGUCCACCUCUUAUGCAGGAUGCUGGUGUUUGAUCCAUCAAAAAGGAUUUCCGCUAAGGACGCCUUGGCUCAUCCGUACCUGGACGAGGGUCGGCUGCGCUACCACACCUGCAUGUGCAAGUGCUGCUACACCACGUCCUCCGGCCGGGUUUACACCAGCAACUUUGAGCCUGUCACAAAUCCCAAGUUUGAUGACGGCUUUGAGAAGAACCUGAGCUCUGUGAGACAGGUCAAAGAGAUUAUCCAUCAGUUCAUCCUGGAGCAACAGAAGGGGAGCAGAGUGCCGCUCUGCAUCAACCCCCAGUCAGCUGCUUUCAAAAGCUUCAUCAGCUCGACGGUGGCGCAGCCUUCUGAAAUGCCUCCGUCUCCUCUGGUGUGGGAGUAGCUGCUGCUGCUGCUGAACUUCAUUCCUACGGACGCUGAAGCUGCUCCACCGGGAACAAGAACAUGUCUUCACUUUGUCAGCUUCGUAGCAUUUCACUGGAGAGAGAGGCUCAGGUCUGAUGGGUGGAAGUUGGAGAAGAGUUUAGCAGACAGACCAAUCGGAUCACUUCCUGGUUAAAGAUACAACUUUUAAACGAAAACUCCUUUUAUAUAUAUAUAUGAAAAUGUCGGGCCAAACGUUUAGUACCUGGCCUUCAGUGCGGGUUUACUGUGAUCCGUAUCUCACUAACCGUGCUGCAGUAAAUAAACAGAUUAAAGCUGUUGGAAGACUUCCUACUGAAGGUUUACUCCUGAUAUUUUAACCGAUAUUCAUCGUUGUACAGCAGCAAGGUGUUGAUGUAGAUCACAGAGAGAGGGAGCAAGAUGGCACUAGUUCAGAGGUUACACUUUUUAUUCAUCAGUUAGUUUAUUUAUUAUGAGGAGCAUUUUACUUGUUGAGUUAUUAAAACGAGAAACCCAGUUAGGACUCUAAACGUCUACACUAAACGACACUCCAGCACGUAAAUCAGAAGUUCACGAUCAGUGUUUAAAUGUUUUAUUCAUAGUUCAAUAAGCUGGGUUAUUUAUCCGUCCUCCUCUCUGCAGCAACACGACUCCUGAGCUGAUCUCCUUCAGAAAGCUAGCUGUUCUCUAAACGAUGUCCCACUUUCUCCAAAAGUCUACCUUGAAAAUGGAUUUGUAGUUUUAUCUGAGACCAAAUCCAUUUCUCCUUCUCCACCGUGGGCAUACAAUAAAAAAUCAUCCCCUCUGAUACUUGAAUUAGCCAAAGAUCAGGAUCAUCACAUUUUAAAACAGGAUGUGUUUUAACCGAUAAAAGAAUAUUUAUUUGUUAGACGUUUGAAGUAGCUGCAUUUUAAGGUAGUAUGAAUCAAAUCAAAGAUACUUUAUUAAUCCCAGAGGGAAAUUAGAGACCCUGGUCGUCUUCCCCUGCUUCUGGGAAAAAAGGUGGAGUUGGUGUUCUCCAUCCAGUUUGGACAGAAGAUCUUUGACAAUCCAGGGGAUAUUUAAUCCUUUUUAAAAUCCUUUUUCACUCUAAAUUAGCUUGUGAUUGAUGGAACGAUGCUUUAAACCCCAAUAGCCUGGUUCUGUACACCAGAGUAAAUACUGGGUUUCUUAUUUAAAUUACCUGUAAUAAUCGGGUUUUAAUUCUGACAAAUGUUUAGAAAUCAGACUCCAAAAAAAUAAAGGCAUUUUUAAAAGAUGACAUGACUGAAUAAAAUGUAGAGGAGCUCCAAUCCUCUGAGUCUCAGCAGCGAUCACGUUGGUGGGACAGAAGAAAACUACUGAAACAGAUUUCUAGAGACAAACUCAAAGCUUAUUUGGAGUUAAAUCUGUUAGAUUCUCCAUGUUCUGUCUCAGAUGAAGUUCUUCGUUUUAUCUCCAGAAGUGACGAUUGUGUAGUUUGUUGAAAUAAAAGUUGGUUGGUGGCCAUUUUUAAUGACUGAAACCAAAACAAAAAGUUUCAUCCAAACUGGGAAGAAUAACAAAAAAGUGAGUUUGAGUGGAGCAGAUUUCAUCAGGAGGCUCCUUCCUGCUGUUUCUCCACAGUUAAAGACAAAAUAAUCCCAAAGGGGUUCGUUCAUUUAGUCUUUCUCCACACCACCAUGUCAACCAGUGAAGGGAACCGGUAGCUGACAUGAAACCAGUCUGGUUUCACCAGUCUAGAUCUGUACUCCUCAGUCCAAUCUCCAGAAAAAAAAAUAAUUUAACAUAUAUUUUUACAAUCAUUUCCAUUUCUGCUCUGGUUUUCUUUGGAUGCGUUCAUCUACAAGUAUUAUGAUGUUAAUAUGGUAAAUAGAGAAGCAAAUCUGCACAUUAACAUAAAAAACAAUGCUACUGUAUAGAGAUUUUAUUAGCCUGCACAUUUCAGAGGCUGUAAAGUUCCUUUUAUUUUUAAGUUGCUUAUAAAUGUUCAUAUUUAGAUUUUUUUUCUUGCUACCCUUAUUCUGGGUGUGUAGAGGACAAAUCUUGUCUGGAUUUACAGUUGGAUUAGCGGUAAUGUGUGUACAGCAGAGAUGUAAAUGAAUCCAAGGUUUUAUUGUGAUUUGUUUCUCUCACUGUGUGAAUAUGUACAUAAAAGAUUCUCUGUUUGGUCUCUACCUCUUGACCUGUGUAAGCUGGCAUUGUUUACCCUCAGUCAUUUCUAAAAUCACAGGAGAUUAUUUUACCUAAGAAGUCCUUUUUUACUGAGGAGGUGCUGCCCUCUGACAUUGUUUAUACUGCAGAAACAUUCAAAUGAACCCGUUUGUAUGACACAACCCUGCUAAUCAUGAAAAGGUUUCCUGACUGUUGGUCACUGUUCAUCUCUGAAACAAUUUGAUCUCAUUAGGGGGAAAAGAAGCCAUUCAUGCAGCUGAAGGCGCACAAUCUUUUCUGUUUUAGAGGGUCGUCAUAAAAUAUUUGGUGAAAUUUGUAAAACUAAUAUUUCUAUCUACAGCACACUGAUGUUUGUAUUAGGUUACAAUGAAGAGGCAAAGUUCAGGUGUAAACCAUUCAAAUGUUCUGUUUUCAUUAACUAACCUUUUUUAUAUUAAGUUUGCUGUUUCUCAUUCACAAAGUCACAAAUAGUGUUCUUCCAUUCAGAAACAAAUAAAUGACUGAAUUUAAAUGAAA